GAACUUCCCAAUUAAUAGCACACCGUAUCGGCCUGGUACGCACAGUACAACCGGCUACAAAGAUGUCUGGCUUCGACCCGUGACUUGCAAAAUAACAAGAAGCCAGCCAGCAAUGCGAGGAUCACGACCUCGCUCGUCCCAAUGUGACACCAGCUGGAAAGACAGGGCUGCCCAUGUGUCACAGCCCGCGAGGCUGCUGAAGUGGGGCCCUUUCCAGGGGUCCGGUCAGGAUCGGUGCCCCUGCAUCAGGGUUGAUUGCAGAUGUCAGAUGCGCGAUCACGGAAAAUUUGGAGACAGGCAGCAAUCAAGACACAACAACGGCACGCCCUCGAACCACGAGGAGCCCGGCUCAACCUCGUGGACUGGUCUUUCUCACCGCACAUGCCGCCUCAAAAUUUAAAUUUUUUUUUUAGAGGGAUAUAAAAAGCCGGGUACUGGGAGGAAGGGCGUCCAAGAUGUCGAAAACCACCUUUGCCGUGAUAGCAGCUGUGAGCGCUGGAGUCAGUGCCGCAGCUACAGCAGCUAUGUAUUCGAUGCGAUCCGAGAAGAGAAUCGAGACAAGGACCACGACGACAACCACAUCUUCAGCCACGCCAGUAGCACCUCCCGUUCCGGUGCCAGGCUCUCAAGUCUUCAGCAGCCAAACUGCUACCACUGCACUUGCCCCGAACGCUCUCGUGAACCCGGCCGGCCUCUUCGAAUAUGGCUUCCCCGGUCCCGUCGCCGACUUAGCGACUCGCCAAGCCCUUGUCUCGUCCUUCGACCGCCGUCUGAAGAACCCGCACUGGGUCGCCGAACACAUAACACCUGCGUCGCUCGCCAUACGUGAUGGCGACCGCAAGCACAGCACGUUCGUUGAGGAUAGUGAUGUGCCGGAGAAGUUUCGGGCGAAGCUCAAGGACUACUUCCGGUCCGGCUACGACCGGGGCCAUCAAGUCCCUGCGGCGGAUUGCAAGUGGAGCCAGGCAGCCAUGAACGAUACCUUCUACCUCACCAACAUGUGCCCGCAGGUUGGCGAGGGCUUCAACCGGGAUUACUGGGCGCACUUUGAGGACUUCUGUCGCCGGUUGACCCAAACCUACCCGAGCGUGCGCAUCGUCACUGGCCCGCUGUACCUGCCGAAGCGCGACCCGGCCGACAACAAGUGGUAUGUGCGCUACGAGGUCAUCGGCAACCCGCCGAACGUCGCGGUGCCGACUCACUUCUACAAGGUCAUCUUUGCCGAGGACGGCACCGUCGGCGGCAAUGUGGCCCUGGGCGCCUUCGUCCUGCCCAACGCACCCAUCCCCAACGAGAAGCCCCUGACGGACUUUGAGGUGCCGGUCGAGGCGGUGGAGCGGGCCAGCGGCUUGGAGUUCGCGACGAAGCUGCCCGUUCAGAGGCGGAGGAGGCUGUGCGCCGAUACGACCUGCUCGCUGGUCAUCCGUGAUUACGCCGAGAGACAGAAGGCCUUUGCGAAGGACGGAAAGGGACGUCUGAACCCGCCUCAGAAGAACAACAGCCAGUGAGAUGAACAGGGGUUUUACGAGAGAAUAUCUGGCGAGUUGAUUAGAAUGUGCUUAUAUGUACUUACUUGUAUGGAACGUGUACAGUAACCUAAAUAUUGGAGACGAGAUAGCAUUUGCAUAAGGUGCUUGGAGAUAAAUGGUUUGGCGCAAGCAUAGGAUAGCCAGGGUCGAGCUCGAGCCCAUCAGCUCCUCAGUACAUAGGUUGCGUAGUCAGGUAUCAAGCAGAUGCAGAUAACCUUCAUAUCAACCAAAGAAGAAAUCGGAACCAUCUUCCGCU